AUGCGCUGGAUCAUCAGUGAGAUCUACAUCCUGUGGAAAGCAUGUAACAGCGGCGUCAGCGGCUCUGAGGACAGGGCGGUGUCCGUGGAGACAACCCCUGGCGCCUGGAGACCGUGGGAGCACAUCUACUCCCUGUGCAAGGUGGCGAAGGGUCACCAGCCACUCUACAACUCUUACGGCAAAUACGUCCUCAAACUCUACUGGAUGGGAGCCUGGAGGAAGGUAACCAUUGACGAUGCACUGCCGUUUGACGAGGAAAACAAACUGCUCCUCCCAUCCAGCACCAACCAAUCAGAACUCUGGCCCAUGCUGUUGGCCAAGGCCCUCAUCAAGCUGGCCAAUACUGAUUUAAUCCCAGGGAACAGGAGAGAACUGGGCGAGUUCACCAUCAUUCACACUCUCACUGGCUGGGUCCCCGAGAUAAUCCCUCUCAAAGAGGCCGUGCCUCGUUUUCAGCUGAAGAAGGAGGACAGCGCCACCUCCCCUGACAUGAGGAAUCGCACCGAGCCACUCGGCACCAACAACAAGUCUCCCGAGAAAAACAAAGACUCAGCCAAGAGAAAGGGAAAGGACACAGACCACGGGAGGAAGAGUCAAACUCCAGUCACUACCAGUGCUUUUGUGCAGUCGAUGCUCUGCAGUCACCCAGUGCUGCUCACCCAGACCCGUGAGGGCCCCCUGGUAGCCCAGCCCUCGGUGCCCCCUGUCCCCCGCUGGAAACUCAUCCGUCCACGCCGCCAGUACCGGCCCACUGAUGAGCCCCAAGAGCCUGCGGUAGUGAAGCCACAGGAGUUCAUCGAGGUUGCCAGUCCCUUUUUAAACUUAAAGCUGAAGACUUUGGUGACAGAGAUUCGCAGCAGGAAGCAAAUCUGCAGCUCUGCACUGGCAUCGUUUACAGAACACGACGAGGGCGAACAUGAGAACAUCACCGACAGUCUCCAGUCAGAGCAGGCAGAUGCUGUGGAGCCCGCUGAGAGCUCCGUGUCCUCAAGACAGUCUGCCACAGCGCUCUCCAGCCCUAACUCUGCUGCCGCCAGACAGGCGCAGUAUCCAGAGGAGAAAGGCUCCUACUUCCUGGUUGUGGACAGCCUGCAGCCCUCAGAGAUCCUUAUCGGCUUCUCAGCUCUGCUGCACUGGGGAGAGACCCAGGAGGAGAAGAAGGAGCUCCAGUUGCGCUGUGGCGUUUUGACAGUGGAGCCGUUUUCCUGGAAGAGCCUGAACUACCAGCUGCCCAUCCUCUCCACACACACCACUGCCUGCAAGGCAGCUACGCUCAAGCUGCAACCGGGGCGUCAUGUCUUGUGUUUCCACAUGAGGGCAGUGUUGGGUUUCCAUGUGCACUUGUACAGCAGGACCCCAUUCAUAUUCGGAGACGAGGAGACAGUCAUGCCUGUCCUUACCAAGGCGGAGUGUAUCGCCCGUGCUCUGGGUCAGGUGGUCAGAUGUUUCUCCAGUGACACAGAGCGCCAGGCGGCCACCAGGGCUCUCACCGACACACACUUCCCCCCGAACGCACCCCGCGCAGCCGCAGGGGAACACAUGAAGUUGUUUGGUGAAGCCGUGCACGAGAUGUUCUCCGGGGCGCUGGACCGCAAGCUGACCUCCCACGAGCUGCUGGCCGUGCAGGCCCUAACCCUCCAGCCCUGCCCCGCUUGGUCACUCUCUCACACACACACACCCUCGGCGGCCCCGGAGCACGGCGAGCAGCCGGACGCGUGGUCCGAGCGCAGGCCCACGGAGGCGGAGGAGCGGGCGGCGGUGACCCUGCAGGCCGGGCUCAGAGGCUACGCAGCACGGAGGACGGUCAGAACUGCACGCCCAGGCACCAAAGAGAAUUUGAGCGCUGCCAAGACGUUGCAGGAAAUGUGGGCAUCUGUAGAAACAGAUCUGAAGAAACACGCCAUCUCCUUGUUGGGGUACAUGUUCAGGGAGAGUCCGAGCUGUGUGGAUCUGUACAGCUGCAGAGAGGACGAGAAGAGCCGCAUCAGCUUCAGCGAGUACUCUGUUACCCUGCCCGACACGCCCAACAUAUGGGCCCUCAUCUUCAGGGAGGUGUUUUUUGUCCCUAAGGACACACUGCUGGUGGCUAAGGUGUGCUCCCCUGUGGUGUCUGCGCUGCAUGUGAUCAACAAUGACACGGGAGAGGAGAUGCCCAAAGUCUUCCACAGAGUACAGCCACACAUCUACAAGAGCAACCAGAAUGGCUAUACAUUUGUGGCAGAAGCUCACACAGGUGAUGUGCCUAUUGGCCGCUGGCGGAUGAGUCUGAUUGGCUGUCGUCAGCCGCUGCCCGUCCCUGCCCGAGAGAUGCCGGCCAAUAGCUUCUGUGUGAAGGAGUUUAAAGACUACUACAUCCCCAACGACAAAUACAUCAUCUGCAGGUUCUCUGUGAAGGUGAGUGUGGACGUGUUGGGGACGGUGCAGUUCCAGACGUCGGCGCCCCACGUCCACCUGCGCCUGACCGUGCUGGACCACGAGGACGCCCUCACUUCCGCCACCGGCAAAGGCCAAGUGAUCAUCCCCGUGUUUACUUUCAACGCUGACCCAGACUCUGAGGAGAGCCAGGAGAGGGAGGACUCGGAGGAGACGGACACACACACACUCGCCGAGCCGGCACCGCCAUCAUCGCACACACUCGCACACACACACAAGUACGUGGUGCAGGUGGAGGUGCUCCAUCGCAGCUGGGCCGUCAGCGAGGCCGAGGCCGCCUUCAUCCAGACGCUCCGCCACGCCGAGAGGAACGAGAUCAGAGUCUCUCCAGGCGGCGACAAGCCGGAGGAGGUGACGGCGCCCUCGAGUGCUGACCAAUCGAGCAACGAGGGGCAGAAGUCGACCACGCCCAAGUCGAGCCGCAAGACCAAAGAGAAGGAGAAGGAGAAGGAGAAAGAGAAGGAAAAGGAGAAGGAGAAACCAGUGGCCAAACCUGGGUCCAGGCUAGAGCAGGUCUUGGACACGAGUAAGCCCCACUGGACGCUGCAUGUGGUGUGUGAGCAGACGGAAGCAGAGAGUGUGUGUGUGAAGAGGGACACGGAGCGGCAGGAGCAGAUCAAAGCCCUCAAGAUGGCCUGGGAGAGCGCAGACCCGGGCAGAGCAGUGAAGGCCCUGCAGUCUCGUCUGCAGUUUAUAAAUAAAUGUGUGCGUGGGUUGACUGGAGAUGGACCAACAGAUGGAGCAGACCGAAGAGACUCGGUUUUCCAACAGUCUCCUGAUUUCCAAGAUAUGAACCUCUUCAAUGCUGCUCAGUUUGCUCCCAUGGACUACACACCAUAUAUAAGGCGCACUCGUUCGCAGCCCCUCCUGAAGGACGAGGCCAUUGCGGAGCGUCAGCGGGUGGAGCGUUCCGAGCGGAUCCAAGAGUUCCGUCUGCAGCGCGACAUGGUUCUGGAGCGCCGACAGCAGGAGCGGGCCGCACGACGCCGGCUCAAGAGGCGCCAGAUCCAGCUCUAUGACGCCAUACAGAUCUCCCUGUGGGAGCAGAGGCGGCGCGUGCUGGAGGCACGGGAGGAGUUCCGCCAGCGCCUCCUGGUGGAGGAGACGCAGCGGCGCGAGGAGGAGGCGGCCCACGAGGCCCUGCUCCAGAUGGAGCAGGAGAAGAACCAGGCGCAGGCCGCCGCCCGCAAGAGCGCCGCCAAGAAGAAGUGACCACACACACACACACGCAUACACACACACACACACACGCACACACACACGCACACACACCUUGUCGUCCCCUCUUGCAGCCACUCUCGUGUUUGAACAAAUGGCUUGCAAGAGCGCCGCCAAGAAGAAGUGACCCCACACACACACACACACACACACACACACACACACACACACACGCACACACACCUUGUCGUCCCCUCUUGCAGCCACUCUCGUGUUUGAACAAAUGGCUUGCAAGAGCGCCGCCAAGAAGAAGUGACCCCCCCCCCCCC